AUGACGGAUUCUACAGCGGAUAACAACUCUGCUAAUGAAGAUGAAAGGAAGAAGAAGCCCCGGCAGCGAACCGAGAGGAAAAGGAUCCAGGAUCGGCUUGCCCAACGAGCCAACCGCGAGAGAACCAAACAGCGGAUUGCCGCGCUUGAAGAGGCUCUGAGCAGCUUCCAGUCCGGCGAAGACCCCAGUUGCACGGCUUCACUGACGCGCACCAUUGCCAACUUGCGGAGCAACAACCACCAGCUCCGUUACACACUUGACAGAAUACGUAGCCUGAUCAGCCAAGUUCCGCCCAUCCCUGAAGGCGAUACCACUGGCACCAACACGGAGCUCAGGCCUGGCGAGCCAGCACCCAGCAGCCUAGAAUUGCAGUCUUCCGAAAGAAAACCGCCCAGAGCUUUCAUUCCCGGGGUCGAGUUCACCGGCACCGUUGUGGCCGGCAGUAAGAGAUUGGACUUUGAGUAUCCUGCAACGACAUCUGGAAAGCUUUUCCCUCCCCGUGAGACCGUGGCUGUUGCGGGCAAAACAACUUGUGCGGUGCCCGAGGAAGGGGUGGGUUUCGAAGACGGCAAUUGUGGAGAGGACGUUCUAGCAGAAGGUCUGGUCGUAGACGACGAGGUCCUUGGAAUAAUGGCUGUUGACACCGUAUCUGACCGCGACGCCACGGCAAACAAGCUGGACGUGGACGUGGAUCUGGAUCACUUCGACAUGGACAUCCACACCGACCUCCUUGAAGUGUUCGACACUACAGACUUGGGCAUUUGGACCACAACCGCCUACGAGCCUCCUGCACUGUUCCAAUCACCGUCCUCGACACUCGAAGUCUCCCGAGAGAUCGUUCCAGACACCGAAAAGUGGCACGUUGGCAAUUCGGCCUACUUUGGAGCCUUGGAUUCGGUGAAGCGACGCGUCAAGUCGACAUCGGCCUCAACCAUGGACUUUGAGGUGGCGUUUCAAGCCAUGCUGUGGGGGUGGCAGACGGUCGGCCACGCAGCAGGCGAGCACCCCGUGUGGCAGGCUCUGCGGGAGGUCGACCAGCGCAUCUUUGGCACUUGGACGUCGGUGGCACAAAGGAUCGCCAUGGUGUUCGUCUGCCAGACCCUGAUCCAGUAUCGAGAGGAUCCCACGCCAGACAAUCUCGCUCGAGUUCCUGGCUUUCUCCGACCUAGACCUUCACAAGAACGGCUAGCACACCCUGUGGUUAUUGAUUUUCUAAUAUGGCCCAGCAUGCGCGAUAGGAUGAUCUUUGAGCAUGAGAAAUACAGUGCGACGGGCGUGUUCUCGGCGGCCUACGUCGAGAAUUUCUCCUUCUUCUGGCCAUAUUCCGACAAGGAGAUAUUCGUUUACGACCCCCUUCACGAUCGACACGACUUCAGUCCUGUCUUCCUACAACAUGUGUAUGACUACGAGAACUGGACGAUGAAACCUGGAUUUUUCGACAAAUGUCCUGAAAUGCGCUACGAUGUUCCCGUCUUUCAGAAGGCUUUGAGUAUCAUGCAACCUGUGGCUUCGUUUUGA